AUGGACCCGCUUACUGGGUCACCGUAUGAACAUUCCUUGACUCAAAAUAUGUCCUGCUGUUCGUUUUGCGGCCAUACAAAUAAAGGUAUCACAACAAUGAAAAAAAGUGAAUGUGUUGAAGUUUCCAAUGGUCAAAGGGUUCUAAUCGGAGAUAUGAUCAAGAUUUUCUGUAACGAAAUUAUAACAAUACUACCGGAUGACAAUUGGUCCAUAUGUGGGAAAUGUUUAGCACAAUUAAAAGUAUGUUUUGAAUUUAUACAACAAAUAAAAAGGUGUACGGUAUCAUUGCGAAACAGUACAGACGAAGAAGUGAAACAACAGCAAUCAUACCCCGCUCAAAACCCUGAUGAAAAAUUAACUACCCCAAAAAGGCCAAGGUUCAAACCAAUUUUACCAAAGACGCUGAAACCAAAAGAUAAAAUUACCGAUGUGCCACUAAAUCGUAAAAGUUCUCGUAUUUACCGGUGCCUGAAAUGUCAGGAAACAUUCAAGUCAUACAAAUAUCUUCGUGUCCAUGAAGAAGUAUGCUCUAAAUCAUUGAGUAGCCAUAAAAGUCUACAGCACACUCGACAGGAAUUCGCUUGUUGCAUUUGCAAGGACAAAACAUUUGUGUCCAAGGGAUACCUAUCAAGGCACAUUCAUGACGUUCACAACCAUAAGUAUCUGCAUUUCUAUUGUGGAGAAUGUGAACAAUUAACAGUUUUGCCAACCGAGGAGGAUAUUAGAUCGCAUAUUGACGAAUGUCACACAUUGAAAUGUAACGCUGAUGCUGGCACUGAUGUCCAUGAGACACUGCCUGACGAUGAUAUGGAUUUAGAAAUGCACGAGGAGUUUUUGGAUGAAUUUUUAUUAGCUCAUACCAAUGAAAACUCUUUUCAAUUCUCAGAAUGUUGGGAAGCUUUAGAUCUGCAUCUCCCUGAUAUGCUACAAGGAAAUUCCAGUAACUUCUCUAAUAAUGAAAAUCCAACAGAAGAGUUUUCCUGUCCAAAAUGUUUAGAAAGAUUCCACAAAAUGCCCAUGUUACUUAAGCAUUUGAUUGAAAUACACAAGCUGCCUAUAUUAGUAUGUCAUGGUUGCAAAAAAGUAUUCUCUACUCUCAACGAUUAUCAGGAACACAAAAAAAUAAAAUGCCAACAAAGCAGUGCAGCCAAUCCAAUACGUUGUCCUUACUGCAAAAAAGAAUUCCUUUCGACACUGAACCUAAAACAACAUAUUCGUAAUAUUCACGCCACGUUUAAAAAACACACUUGUCAAUUGUGUGAUAAACAAUUUGCAACAGUGGACCACUUGAAAAAGCAUGUGCUUAGUCUGCACCAGAAUGAACGUAAGCAUAUAUGUCACGUCUGUUCAAAGCGGUUCACACAAUUGUGUCAUUUAAAACAACAUUUGGCCAUACAUACAACCGGAAAGUCGGUUAAAUGUACGGAAUGUCCUGAGAAAUUUUGGCGUAAUGUAGAUAUGAGACGACACAGAGAGAAGCAACACAGUGUUCGGCCCAUAUAG